AUGUCUUCUAAACAACAAACACCGAAGAAAAAGACCGGAUCUAAGAACCCAAAGAACAAGAAAGGAUCUCAAGAGCAACCUGAGCCUGAAUUGAAACAAGAAGAAGAAGAACCAAAGCCUGUGAGUCUGGACGAAGACGACUCCGAAGAAGACUCUGAGUCCGACUCAGAAUCCGAAGAAGAGUCAGAGACAGAGCCAGAGCCAGAGCCAGAACCAGAACCAGAACCAGAAGCAGCUGAACAACUACCUAAUGGAAAGGCUAGUAAGAAGAAAAAGAAGAAGCAAGCACAAGCUCAGAAAGCUCUUGCUCCACAAGAACGCAAAAAGCAGCAGCAAAUGGCCAAGAUUGAUGAUGAUGAUGUGGAGGAAGAAUCUCAACAGCAACAACAACAGAUGCAGCAGCAGUCACAGCAAGAACAGGAGCCGCAGGAACAGAAAGGUGGUGGCGAUGACCAAGGUGCAUUAAGAUUAAGACUUGACUUGAACUUGGAUGUUGAUAUAGAACUUCGUGCCAAGAUUAAGGGUGAUGUCACCUUGGCCUUAUUGAAUUAA